AUGAAUGCUAUGAAGAAAAGAAUGAGUUCCGGCAAGGAACCUCCCAAGAUCGACACAUCAAAAGAACAGACCCCGAUCUCAGAUUCAAACUCUUUGGAUGGUGUCUCUCCAGAGUUGAUCCCUAUUGUCACAUUAUUAUCGUCUCAAGCUCAUCGUCGCUAUCAUGAAGGUAUCUUUAUGCUUUAUUAUGAUUUGAAUGGUGAUGGUAAACCGGCAGAUCGUGAGUGGAAAGAAGUUUAUGGGAUAUUGACAGGUAAUCAAUUGGCUUAUUGGGAUGCAGCAAAUUUGGCCCAAUUUAAAAGUAAUCCAAACGCUUUAUUGGAAACUUCUUCAAAACCUGCCUAUAUAAAUUUCACCGAUUCUGUGUAUAAUGCCAUGAAGGUCUUACCUGCUGCAAAACAAAAUUUGGACAAUGUUAUCAUAGUAUCAACAACUUUGAAAAAUAGAUAUAUUUUACAAUUCAAGUCAUACAAAGAUUUAACUAACUGGUAUUCUGCUUUGAGAUUAUCCAAUUUUGAAUAUUCAUCUUUACAAGAAGCUUAUACUGGAGCUUUAUUAUCUGCUAGAGGUUCCCGUUUAUCUGAUAUUAGAACUGUUUUAGCUGAAAAAAGAUUUGAUCAUGAAGAUUGGGUUAGUAUAAGGUAUGGCAGUGGGAUGGCAUGGAAGCGUUGUUUUGCUGUUAUUGAACCUUCAACGAUCAAAAGAAAAUCAUUUGUUCCUGGUAGAAUUUUAUUUUUUGAAAAUGAACAAAAGAAAAAGAAACAAUUGAUGGCUGUGGUGACAAAUGCUUCUGCCGUUUCUGCUAUUUAUCCUCAAUCUCAUUUAUUAAUUGAUCAUUCGACAAUGUUGAAAAUGGAAGGUUAUAUCAAUUUCGAGUCUCCAAGUUUAUCUACCAAAAUACCGAAAAAAUCUGCGGGUGAUUUCAAACAUACAUCUAUUUAUUUAAUGCCAGAACAACAUUCUUCUGUUCCAGGAUUUGAUACUUUGAUUAGAUUUUUGAUCCCAUUAUUAGAUUCCUUUGGGUUAUACGGGAGACCAAAAAGACUUAAGGCUAAUAGAAGUGAUCCAGAUUCAUUAUUGUUUGGUUUACCUACUUUGCCAAGAGUACAUUAUUUAGAAUUGGAUGAUGCUUUGGAAUUAACUAAAGGAGAUUUCUUAAAUUGGGACCUGAAAACUUGGAAUACAAAUAUCAAACAAAUAUUGAAAAGUAAAUUAGAUCGUGGUUAUGAAGGAUGUGGAAGUCAAAGAGGCUAUCAAGGAGCUGUUUCCGGAAUGAAUAGUCCUGUUAUUUCAUCUGGAUCUCCAAGAUUCCCAGGUUCACUGACAAUUUCUUCAUCUUCCAGACUGGCAUCUUCAUCCUUGUCUCAACAACAGAAAAUACCACAACCACCUGUUAAACCACCUACACAAUCAGAACUAAAACCAGCCACUUCAGGAUUGAAUAAAAAUGUUAAUGAAUUAUCUAUUGGUGUUCCAAAUUCAUCAUCAUCAUUAAGUGUUGACAAAACUAGAGAAAAUCACAAAUCUGUGCAGUUGGCUGAAAUUUACCAGAAAUAUUCUGAUAUUCAAACUCCAUCCGAUAAAUUUGACAGAAAUGCUUUGUUGAAUGGUUCAGAAGAGAAUAUUGUUGAAGAUGAUUUACCAGCAGGUGUACGUCAAAUGAAUUUGAAUGCUAAUGUUUAUCCAAAAGAUGAUGAUGGUUUGUUUAGUGAUGACGAAGAAGAAGAAGAAGAAGAAGAAGAAGAGGACGAAGCAUUUGAAAAAAUUGAUGUUAGAAAAAUUGGUAUUAACAAUGAAAAUAAUCCAUCAACUCCUUCUAUGGGAAGCUUGAAAGUACCAUAUGCAACUGAUGACAGAACUGGUAGUUAUUCUUCUGUUAUGUCACCAAUGGCUCAGUUUAAUGAUUUCCAAGAAACUUAUAAGCAACAGACUGAAAAGAGAAACCCAUAUCCUAAUAACAGUGAUCUUGAGGAUGACGAUGAAGAUGAAGAUAGUUUAUCAUCACCACCACCACCAGUUCCAGCUCACGAUCCCAAAUAUAAACCUGGAUUCCAAGGAAAUAUUAGUUCUGUACCUCUGGGAGUUGCUGGAACAAGAGGGUCAACGGGCAAAACAUCAGUUCAUUCAGAAGUUGGAAGAGUUACAAGUGGUUCUUCUACAGAAUCAUUUACAAAAGAUGGUGAAGAAAUUCACAUUUAUCCAUCAUUGGCCCCAAAACCACUAGCUGCAAAACCAAGAUAUAUUUCUUCACCAAAUUCAUCUCAAAAUGGUAGUCGUGCUUCACUUUCACCAGAAAGAUUGGCACCAAAUAAAAAGGAGAAUUUGCAAUAUCCAGUUUCUCCUGAUCGAUUUGAUAAAGUUACCAAAUCUUCAGAUGAUUUAAAUGAAGUCAUGAAAUUACCUUCAUUACCACCAAUGCAACAGAACCAAUAUCUGGCAUCUCCACCAAAACAAUUGUCUCAACAACCAAGACCACAACAUGCUUACUUGCAACAAGCUCAACCUCAAAGUCAGCAACAGCAACAGCAACAACAGCAACAAGCUCAACCACAACCACAAGCUCAUCAUGCAAGACCGUUGAAUCAGAAUCCAUAUCCAUCUAGCGGUCAACAAGGAUAUCCACCACAAUUUGGUUACCAAUUACAAAACAAACCAAAACCAAUGAUUCCUCAACAACAACAACAAGGUCCACCUCGUCCACAACAACAGGGACAACCUCGUUCUCAACAGCAAGGUCCACCUCGUCCACAACAACAAUUUUAUGGUCAACAUGUACCACAACAAAUGCGUACCCAACCACAUCCUCAACAGCAAUCACAUAAUAUACCGCAAGGAUACAGACCUCCACCUCCCCAACAACAACAGCAACAACAACAUCAAGGUCCACCUCCUCAGCAGCAAACACAGCAAUAUGGACGUCCAGUACCACAAAAUUAUCCAAGCCAAGGAUCAAUGCAAAGUCGUGGUACAAUUCCAAGAAACAAUGGACAAGCACCACCACCACCUCAACAACAGCAACAUUAUCAACGUCAACAACAAUCAAAUGCAUUCAGAGGUUAUGAUUCACAACAACAAUAUUCCUAUUUACCAACUAAGGUACCACCGACAAAUGGAAAUCCACACCAACCAAGAAAUCCGUAUGAGAAUGGAUAUCAAGAUCAAUAUGCUAAUGGGAAUACAAGAAAAUAUUAG